UCAUCAGGAACUGCAAAUUUACUAAACACAACUGGCUCAAAGAAGGGCCGGAAAGCAGUGUUCCAUCCUAAGGAAUCAAACAGCUCAGGACAGCACUCUACACAAAAACUUGAACUCAGAAGAAAGGAUGAGAAUGAAGAAUUUCAGAUGUACAACUUGAAAGGAAGAAAAGGUCAGACAUACAAAGAGUUCAGUGAGAUUGAGGAUGAUGACUACCUGUAUUGUGAGAAGUGUCAGACUUACUUCCCGAAGAGCUGUGCUGCUCAUGGACCCCCCAUGUUUCUAAAGGACAAUCCAGUGGAAAAGGGACAUCCUAGUCAUGCUCUCCUCAGUUUGCCUACUAGACUUCAAAUUGGCCCAUAUAGCAUUCCAGAGGCUGUUGGAGUAUUUAAUGAAGCAUCUGAUCUGCCUUUGGGGCUGCACUUUGGUCCUUUUGAGGGCAAGAUCACAAAAGUGGAAGAGGAAGCUGACAGUGGGUACAGUUGGCAUGGCAGGAACAGCUAUGAGUACGUGGAUGGGAAGGAUACUUCUUUGGCCAAUUGGAUGAGGUAUGUGAACUGUGCCCGCAAUGAUGAGGAGCAGAAUUUGGUGGCCUUCCAGUACCAUAGGCAGAUAUUUUACCACACCUGCCAGGUCAUCAAACCAGGCUGUGAGCUGCUAAUAUGGUAUGGGGAUGAGUAUGGCCAGAAGCUGGGUAUAGCCAAGGGCAGGAACAGCUAUGAGUACGUGGAUGGAAAGGAUACUUCUUUGUCCAACUGGAUGAAUUGUGAAGGGGAAAAUAAGUAUCCACAUAAACACAAGCUUGAGAAUUCACUACAACAAAUCUUGAAUGUGAAUGCGUUAAUUGGACUAACCGGAGGAUUAAAUUCAGGUUGCCACGUGACAGUGGCACAGGCAAGUGAGCAAGCUAAUGCAAGUUCUUUCAACAUCACGGCACCACAGGCUGUGACUGAAAGCCUCGAGCUUCCCAACAGUGCUAACAUUUAG